GGCGCAGGAUCUCGGUCCCUCCGAGCCCGCCGCCUCCAGCUUCCACCGCUGGGAUUUCAGGCCGUCACGGGCUCCAGCGACCCUGUCGUGAUGUCUCAGACUGUGUUAAAACAUGCUCAAGAGCUGCCCUCCUUCAAGCCCAAGCUCAAGACCAUCCAAGUCAUCACCAAGGACCUGAUCCGGGAGCUCAUCAUUCCCCAGGAGAGGCCCAAACCAUCUCUCAUCGUUGGAGAAAAGGAAUACGAGAGGAUCAAGGAAUCAGCUCGAGCCCCGACUGAGGUGGAGCACUGGGACAGGCUGAAGACCCUGAGAGCCAGACAGGACACAGCUUUUGAAGCCCUGAAAAAGGCCCAGAUUGAGGAGCAGAGAAAGGCAGAACUGGAAGACAAGAGGGACCAUCGGAGAGAUGUGGAGGAGGAGCUGCAGCAGGAGGAGAAGAAGCUGCUGCAGCGGGCAGCAAGGAUGAGGUUGGAGCAGGAGGAAGACGUGCGGGAACUGAACGCGCUGUUCCUCAAUGCCAAGUGCAACAUGAUCCGGGACAAACAAGUCCUGGAGAAGCAGAUGAUCCACAAGGAACUGGUGGAGGAGGAGAAGCGCCUGGACAAAAUGAUGGAAAUGGAGCGGGAGAAGGGCAUGGAGGUCCAGGAGGAGCUGGAGCGCCAGAGGAAGCAGGAGCUGAUAAGAGCCCGGCAUGACAUUGUGAAACAGAUGGAGCAGAGGGCAGAGGAGCAGGCAUUGAGGGCUGAGGAGCUGUACCAGGAGGGCCAGAGGCAGCUGGAGCGACUGGAGCAGAUGAAGAGGGAGGAUCGGAAGGCCUGGGAGCAGAAACAGGAGCGACUAAAGCAAAUCCAUGCAGAUAUUAAAUGUUUCAACGUGGAGAGCCAGAGACUGAAGGAUCAACAGCGGGAACAGGACAGGCUGGAGGAUGAGCAAGUGCUGAAGCAGCAGCGGCAGAAGGCUGAGCGUGAGGCCACCUUGGAGGCAAAGCAGCAACAACUGCGCCUGGAGAAGGAAAAGGAGCUGGCCCAGCUCAGGGCCACACAGCAGCGGGCCCAGGACUGGCAGGCAGAGCAGGAUGCUCUGAGGGCCAAGAGGAACCAAGAGGUCGCAGACCGGGAAUGGCGGCGGCGGGAGCUGGAGAAGGCACGGAAGAAGGCUGAGCUGGAGCAGCAGCUGAAGCAGGACCGGCUGGAGCAGGUGGCCCAGAAGGAGCAGUACCUGGCCAUGCAGGUGGAGCAGGACCGCCAGGAAUUCCAGAAGGUGCUCAGGGCCCAUCAGGAGCAGCUGGAGCGGGAGAAGCUGGAGUGGGAGCAAAGAGAGCUCCGGCAGCGUGCCCAUGCUGAAUAUCUCCGGCAGCAGAUCCAGGAGCUGCAGCAGCAGCGGCAGCGGGAGCGGGCGGCCCUCAUUGCCGAGGGCCGGCAGCAGCAGCAGGAGGUCCGGCAGCGCAGCCAGCGCCUCGCCCAGUUCAGGCAGCAGAAGCUGCAGGAGUUCAGAGCCACCGGAAUUCCUGACAAAUAUUUUGCCCAGGUGGAGUGGAGGGCCCAGAGCCAAGCCAGCAGAGCCCCCUCCUAGGCCCAGACCCAUGAGGAACCAGCUGGGAUUCCCCACGGAUUUGAGGCUCCAUUUCCAAUUGUCCCGGGUUACAAGGUGGGGUGUACCCAAACUGUGGUCUCCUCCCAUCUCCGCCAUCCUGAUGAACUGUGAAUGGGUGGGUCACUCCCUGUAGCUGCCUAGUGCACAGCUGAGCCCUCAGGCUGCAAGCUGGGUGUUCCACAGGGGAAGGAGGCAAACCCUGCAGGCAGCGUUCGUCUUCCCAAACUGACUCAGCCUGUGGAGAUCUAGGCCAUCAAGGAUUCCCCAGAACAUCCCAUGAUUCAUCGGAAUACAUAAUUCCACUGUGAAGUUCCCUGCCCUGGGGAGGUACUGAACGUUCCUGCCUGAAUCUGACCAUAUAUAAUUUGGGCUCUUUGGGAAUUUGGGAUACCAGCACCGCUCAAGGGACCCAGGGGAGGACUAGACCUUCUACAGGACCACUCCUUUCAACAGGACUGCAGCCAUCACUUCAACAGGACUUCAUCCACCACCCUGACCGACAGGAUGCCAGGUUGUACUCUGCCUUUGUGGUUUUAACCCAGUUUUUCUGUAUCAUUGCAUUUAUUGUAAUCUUUCUAUUAAAUUGUAAUUCUGACUUGAAAUCUCUCUCAAGGAAUUUGUGCAGUGUUAAUUUCUCCCACUGGUUUACUUUCAAACCAGCACAUCCACUGACUGAGUUUUCCAAUAAAUAAUAUUUUCUGAGCA